UCAUCUAGGUAUUCAUAUUCUAUUGUAUAUUUUUGAAUAGGUGGAAUCACUUCUGAAUUUUCAUACUUCAUGGACUGUACUGGACAACGUGGUUGCAUGUAAACAAACUUGUUUGUGUGAUAUAUUACGUUGUCAUCACGUGAGUGAGAAAGAAAAAGACAAUUAACAAAGAUUAACGUGUAAUUUCGCCAAUUCUUCAAGAAGAUGAAGCAAUUAUCGGAAGAAAAAACGAAGCUGGUAUUCGAGAAAUUAACCAAGUACAUUGGCAGGAACGUGAAAAAUUUAAUAGAUCGGCCGGAUGGCAUAUACUGCUUCCGAGAGAAAAAGGACAGAGUAUAUUAUAUUUCGGAAAAGAUUUUGUCGCUAGCAAAUACUGUAGGAGCUGAACAUCUAUUAAGUCUAGGCACCUGUUUUGGUAAAUUCACAAAAUCGGGAAAAUUUAAGCUUCAUGUUACUGCUUUGCAUUAUUUAGCGCCUUAUGCUCAACAUAAAAUUUGGUUGAAAUCUUCAGCGGAGCAACAAUUCUUAUAUGGUAACCAUGUUUCGAAAUCGGGUCUCGCUCGUAUAACAGAAGGCACCUCUCAGUAUCAAGGUGUUGUUGUAUUUUCCUUAAACGAUUUGCCAUUGGGAUUCGGUGUGGCUGCGAAAAGCACGACCGAUUGCAAGCACGCGGAUCCGAUGGCGACAAUUUGCUUCCAUCAGGCAGACAUUGGAGAGUAUAUUCGUUCCGAAGAUACAUUGCUAUAACGAAGACUUAUUUUAACUUUAAAGAGUGUAUAUGUGUGUGUGGGUGCCUAAUUGUUAUACGGUGGAUUCGAUUUUUUGUAAGUUACUUUAAUAUAAAUUUAUUACUUUAA